AUGAUGAGGUUGAGCAUCUUGGGAAUAGCAUUGAGUUCCAAUUCCUAUUAUUGCGCAUCCCUUUCCCUCAUUUCACCCAUCUCCACUUCUUCUUCUUCAUCUUCUUCUCUCUCGUUCUCCAAGAAGUUCACUCCUUCAGCUUCAGGGAAGAGGAAUUUAGUUUUACGCGGGCAAAGUGUUGGCUUUGAGAGUGAGCUCAAACCAGGUGAUUUGAUGGAAUCGGAGAAGGAAUUCCCGGAAUUCAACCGAAACCUUUACCCGAGUAUAGAGCCGUACAGUUCUGGGUUUCUGAAGGUUUCGGAUAUUCAUACAAUCUAUUGGGAGCAGUCUGGAAAUCCAAAUGGGCAUCCUGUAGUCUUUCUUCAUGGGGGUCCAGGGGGAGGAACUGCACCAAGUAAUCGCAAAUUCUUUGAUCCUGAUUUUUACAGAAUCAUUCUAUUUGAUCAGCGAGGUGCUGGGAAAAGUACCCCACAUGCUUGCUUGGUAGAAAAUACCACAUGGGAUCUAAUUAGUGACAUUGAAAAGCUCAGGGAACACUUGGAAAUUCCAGAAUGGCAGGUUUUCGGUGGGUCAUGGGGUAGUACACUUGCCCUUGCAUAUAGCCAAUCACACCCUGAUAAGGUUACUGGCAUGGUUCUUAGAGGGAUUUUUCUUUUGAGAAAGAAAGAGAUUGAUUGGUUUUAUGAGGGUGGUGCUGCUUCCAUAUUUCCUGAUGCUUGGGAGCCAUUUCGAGAUCUUAUUCCAGAAAAUGAGAGGGGAAGUUUUGUCGAUGCCUAUGGGAAGAGAUUAAACUCUGAUGAUCAGGAAGUACAAUAUGCAGCUGCUAGAGCAUGGACCAUGUGGGAAAUGAUGACUGCCCAUCUUUUUCCAAAUAAUGAUAACAUCAAGAGAGGAGAGGACGAUAAGUUUUCAUUGGCAUUCGCAAGGAUUGAAAAUCAUUACUUUGUGAACAGAGGAUUUUUUCCUUCAGAUGGGUUCCUGUUAGAUAACAUUGAUAAGAUAAGGCAUAUAAAAACUACAGUCGUACAGGGAAGAUAUGAUGUUUGCUGCCCCAUGAUGUCAGCUUGGGAUCUUCAUAAAGCAUGGCCAGAAGCUGAUCUCAAGGUUAUUCAAGAUGCAGGGCAUUCUGCUAAUGAACCAGGAAUAGCUGCAGAACUUGUGGCUGCAAAUGAGAAGCUGAAACACAUAAAGAAAGGAGCUUAG